AUGCCGACUGGUAAAAGUUGGAUGGGCCCUAACGAAGCCGCCUAUAACAAGUUCCUGAAAGACUACAAGACUCAAGUCGCUUCGGCCACCUCCACCGUCUGCGCCACUCUGGCUGUGACUCCACUGGAGAAUGUGAAAACUCGUAUGCAGACUCACAACUUUCGCAAUGUCUUCGUUUGUGCGCGCUACAUUUGGCGUACUGAAGGCCCUCGUGGUUACGUAGCUGGAGCUUUGCCACCUCUUGCCAGCGUCACUGCGGUGCGCGUCUUGAACUUUUCUACCUACAAUGCUGCCAAGCACCGCAUUUCCAGAUUCAUCGAGCGCACCACUGGCCAGUCUCCCCUGGAACAGUACAAUCAGCCUGGCAGUUCUGCCACUCUGACGACCCUUGUCACCUUCUUCUCUGCCGGUCUGAUUGCCGGUUUGGUCACCGCACCUUUGGCCUGCCCUUUUGAACUGGCAAAGAACGUUGUCCAGACCUCGGUCCUGGUGUCUAACCGUGCCCAGGCGUCUCCCAAUGCCGUGGGUGAUCCUUCUUUGCGCAACAAGCCUCGUCUCGGCACCAUCGAAGCGAUCCGUCAGAUCGUGCAGCGCUAUGGAGUCCGUGGUUUAUAUACCGGCUUUAAACUCCACACUAUGCGCGAUACUCUUGGAUCCGGCCUGUAUUUCAGCGUCUACGAGACUGUCAAGCAGGUUGCAGCCAAAGAGCUUGGCCCUGACAAGUCUCCCUUUGGUGCUCCUAUGAUUGCCGGCGCCAUCUGCAGCACCGUGCCUUGGUUCUGCACCUACCCACUUGAUACCAGAAAGACUCGCGCCCAGAGCGUGCUGUUGGGAAAGACCUCGGAGGUGGGCGAGGCAUCUGCCGCGGUUGCCAAGUCGAGCAUGUACAAAGGUCUUUCGAUCAUCUUAAUUCGCACUGGUGUCAACAACAUGAUCUUGCUCAGCAUGUUUGAGUACAUUAAGAUGAGAAUCAACGAGCUUGAGUGA